GAAGCAGCAGAAGAAGAAGUAGGCAUCUAUUCCGGGUUGUCCUAUACGUAUUUAGUCUACAUUCAUAUUGUAACCCUGUAACAAGUUUUUGCUUGUACCGUGUGUGACGUCAGCGUUAUUAAGGCAUUUAUUGUUCUUCUUUUUCAGUCACAUUUUUGCAGGUUACUUGACGUGGUCCUGACAGCGGUGCGGCGUCUUAUUCCACCUUGUCCAAAGUUGGUACUGUUUUUUUUUUUUCUGCGUAAAAUGUUCGCAUUCAGGACAUCCGUUUUAAAGACAGCCACUUAUCUGGCGAAAACCCACGUAUGCAACGCCGGUUUCCAUGUGGGGGCCGGUGUCUGCGCCCCCAAAGUGGCGGUUGUGCUGUCAGGCUGCGGGGUGUUUGAUGGCACAGAGAUCCAUGAGGCGUCAGCGAUCCUGGUGCACCUUAGCAGAGGUGGGGCAGAAGUGCAGAUGUUUGCUCCUGAUGUGUCCCAGAUGCACGUGGUUGAUCACAGUAAGGGGCAGCCUGCCGAGGAGUCCAGGAACGUGUUGUCAGAGUCGGCACGUAUCGCUCGGGGCAACAUAACAGACUUGGCUAAACUCAGUGUCAGCAACCAUGACGCCAUCGUCUUCCCAGGAGGCUUUGGAGCAGCCAAAAAUCUGUCAACGUUUGCUGUGGAUGGGCCAGACUGCAAAGUGAACAAAGAUGUAGAACGUGUUAUCAAGGACUUUCACAAAGCAGGCAAACCCAUUGGGCUGUGCUGCAUCUCACCUGUCCUGGCCGCUAAACUGCUUCCAGGGGUCGAAGUCACAGUGGGCCACGAGGAGGAGGAAGGAGGCAAGUGGCCCUAUGCUGGAACUGCCCAGGCCAUCACGUCUCUGGGCGCCAAGCACUGUGUGAAGGACGUGACCGAGGUCCACAUAGACCACAAGAACAAGGUUAUCACGUCUCCGGCGUUCAUGUGUGAAACCAAGCUGCACCUGAUCUUCGAUGGCAUUGGGGCCAUGGUCAAAGGUGUCCUUAAACUCAGUGGCAAGUGAGAAGCAAAGUACUGCCCGCCUACCUUCGCGCUUCAAAAAGCAACAUCAUCCAGCAUAGAUGAGGAUCACCAAACUGUGUGUCGUGUUUAGCAUGCUGUCCUCAGGUAGAAUCAUGUUGAUCUCCAUGAAAAUGUUGCAGGUAUUAUCUUUAUUUCAUUUCAAAAUGCCAUAGACAAUAAGCAUCACUUUUUGUGUUUAACUGGGGUUAUAUUUUACCGUGGAAACAAAUCUGUCAGAAAUGUGUUUGAUGUUGCCUGAGACAGGAGCACUGUCAGUUCCUGUGGUUAUACUGCAGAGGGCACCAAAGGACUAGUAAGUACUGUUGCUAAAUGUGCACUGGCUCCAGUGAGGCUGGAAAUGAUGUAUGAAUCAGUUGAGCUGUAUUUUUGCAGGCUCUGUAAAUAUUUAAAGUACAUAAAUGCUAUGCUGUUUUCAAAAUAAAUGAUUGCCCUGUGAUGAAGCAGUGUUGGAGUAUUUGGACAUGCUCCCUUAAAUUGCAGAAUAUUGCGUGUGUGGACAAUAAAAUGCUGUGAAACACUCUCAGUUGGUUGACCUCCUCUGCAUGAGGGAGCAAUUAGGUAGAUCAGAUUUGAAUAUUAUCCCAACUCUUUACAAAGUGUAGAAGAUCUGUUGGAGGUUUGUGCGCGUACGUCUCCCAUGCCAAGUUUGCAUUAACAAGGAAUCACAGGGCAUGUUAUGUGUAGCCUUGUUGGCUGAUCUGGGUAGUGAACUGUCUGAAUGUAUUAGCAUUACACUUACUCAAAAGGACUUACAAAAAUGUACAGGUUGUAAAACAUUGUUUAAAAAAAAUUUUUUUUAAAAAUUCCAAUAUGUUGCAUUAACUGAAAGCUACAAUGUAUAGCGCAAAAUAAAAUGCCUAUAUCUGCAGGUAGUUAUGGCAUCGUUGAUCAGUAGCAACGAUUAAAUGAUUAUUUGGCCAGCCAGCUUCUUGCUUUCAGACCCAAUUUCCAGCCCGUAGCCUGUUUUGGAUCAAUAAAUCUGAGAGACAACAGUUA